AUGCCUCGAAGCAAUAAGAAAUGGUGUGGUCAUCCAAUGUCUCACGAAGGUACAAAAAAGUCGGGUCCAGGCGCUCUUCGUCCACAUGGAGAUCGGCCUAUCCAUCAUGAUCUAGCGGCAUUCAUCACACACGAGUAUUAUCAAGUGAAUGCGAAUGUUGGAUUCUCCCUGUCUAAAGGUGAUCUUCUAUGUCGAACUUGUUAUAAGGCAGAGUCAACUCGAUUUCAUAGUAGUUUGUUCGAGGAAGGAAAUUCAAUAGCAGUUGAUUCACCAAUAUCUGCAGGUAGCCGACAUAUGGCAGAGACCGUCGAAACGAAAUACAAACUUGAACAGCACAAAGAACUGCUGAAUCAGGUAUUCCAAGUAUUAGGAAUUGAGAAGAUUAGAAAUGUGCGACUGACAAAUCAAGUAGACAAACAAGUAACGAUUGCUAUCGAACUCAUUCGGUCCGCGGCAGAAGCCUUGCAACGCUCGGAAAACAUCACCCAGCCCUCAAGUCACUCAUUGUUUAAGCUCGCUGAUAAGGAAUAUCUUCUCGACAGUGUCAAAUUUUUAAUAAAUUCCAGUGACCGACACGAGCAAAUUCGUCUUCUUACUCUGGCUACACCUGAAUGGGGAAGAACGAAAGUUGAAGAAUACUUCGAAUGCUCUUGCUAUCUGGCUCAAAAGAGCAUCUCUCUUCGCGACUCAUACGGCAAGUUGGCCGUACCUGUUGACUGGCGCGGCAACACCUGUCUUGAUCCGCACAUUGUCCAAAAAAUUAUCGAUUUCUACAGUGAUGAUGUCAUUAGCCAUCAGUCUCCUAAUAAACGUAAUGUAAUUCACGUUCAAAAGAAUCCCGUCGCUGUUCGACACAUGUCAAUGACUAUAGGCCAAGCCUAUCAACUCUUUGUGCAACAGUUGCAAGCCAAUCAGUCACUCAGUUCCGUACAAAAAUCGAGCUUUUACAACCUACGUCCAAAAUGGAUUAAGGUUAAGAAGCCACACGAUGUUUGUACUUGCAUUUAUCAUGAGAACUUCGAACUACUCAUACAGCUUAUGUCGACGAACCGACCACAGUUGCAAAGGUCUCAAAUGCAACGUGUCGGUGGCUCGAUUCAUGAUCUGCUGGAGGAGUUCGAUGUCAAUGAUCACCUUGAUCAUAAUAUUGAUUUUGUUCAUGCUGCUCAAAGUGUGAUUGUUCAAUUCAUUCGUCAUCGCUAUUCCACCGUGAAACGAGUUAACUAUAUCACCGAUGGAGCUCCCCAACACUUCAAGAGCAACAAAUCGAUGCUGAAUUUAACUUAUCACGAGAGUGACUUCGGAAUUCCUGCCGCAUGGACAUUCUCCGCUACAGCACAUGGGAAAGGUCUAAUUGAUGGGAUCAGGACAGCUCUGAAAUACCGUGCAACUCGUCGAGUACUCACGAGGGAAGUAUCCGAAGUGUCCACUCGCUUUACGGCUCAUAUUUUGACCAUAAUCCAGAUCUACGAGAAAUUACAAGAGUCGUUCCCAAAGGAACCUAUGAAAUUCACAGUAACAACAGGCUGGCAUCAAGUUCUCCGUCCAAUAUUCAACCAAGCAACUAGACAAACAACUUUUAUCAAUGAUAUUCAUUUUAUUCGACGAUUAGGGCUCUAUCAAAAUAUUGGACUUCUAACAUCAACAACUAAUUUUAUUACCUUUGAUGUUACUGAUCUCUAUACAAUGAUACCAAGAAAUGGAGCACUUGUAGCUCUAGAACAAUUCUUAGAAAAACAUGCCAUAAAUGGACGAAUCAAUGGCAUGACAAUUGGUACACUUAUUAAGUUAGCUGUUACAGUUUUAGAAACUAAUUCGUUUGUUUUCGAAGGCAAAUAUUAUAAACAAAUUCGUGGUGGAGCAAUGGGAUCACCAUUCACGAUGACUUUGGCGAAUAUAUAUAUGUUAAAAUGGGAACAACUACUAGUUGAACAUCAAAAAGCCCAUAACGAAUUAUAUGGACGAUAUAUUGAUGAUGUUUUCAUGACUAGCAAUCUUUCCCUGGAUAAAAUCAAUUUUAUGCUUGAUGUAGUAAACAACCAAGAUGAGAAUAUUCGUAUUACUCGAUCAAUUGGACUGAAUGCUCAAUUUCUCGAUGUUUCGGUAUAUAACAAUCAAGGACAGUUAAAGACUACUGUCUUUCAUAAACCAUCAGCAGCACCUUACAUUCUACCAUUUUUAUCUGAUCAUCCACGUCAUAUUCAUCGUGGUAUAAUCAAAGCUGCUCUCCUUCGAGCGGUACGUCUUUGCUCACAUGUGCAAGAUUUUAAUGAAGAACGAUUACGUAUUGAAGUCACACUAUUAUUGAAUGACUAUCCUCCAAAGUUUAUUUCUUAUCACUUCAAAAAGUUUUUUCAGCAAAACAAUGUCACUUUAUUAUUAGAACAAUUAGAUGAUGAAAUUUAUCAAGGACUCCAUCGAAAGCAAAUUAGUUUACCAACACGGCAUGAGAGAGGACGACAACAAGGCCAACCAACAAAUCCAUAUCGAACCAAACAAUCAUCAAAUCAAACUGAACAGAGGCGAGAACAAUGGAAUAGUAAAGAAAUUCGUGUUCAUUAUAUUUAUUCCGGUGGUCCAAUGUCAGAAUUCAAACAAAGAUUGAAACAGUUGUGGAAAAAUCAUUAUGUAUAUCCUGCUAGUGCUAUUAGUUAUCAUGAUAAAUCAGUUGCAUAUAUGGCAAAAACACAAGCUUAUCAAGAGAUUGAAAAUGGUAUUAAUCCAUGUAAAGAUUACUUUGACCGUAUUUUAGCAUUGCUAAAGCCGUUAUUGAAGAAUAAAGCUAUUAAUCUUAAUAUAUGGAAGCAAUCAAUGCAUCCAACUAUUGAAACAAUUGAAUUGCCUCAUCUUUAUUUCAUACCAAAGCCACACAAAAUAGGCACACCAUUAAGACCAAUUAUAUCAAUGAUACGAUCACCAGCUAAAGGUAUAUCACAUUUUCUAGAUCUAGUUCUCCGUCCAAUAUUUCAACAAGCAACUAGACAAACAAGUUUUAUCAACGAUAUUCAUUUUAUUCGGCGAUUAGAACUCUAUCGAAAUCUUGGACUCCUCACACCAAAAACAAAUUUUAUUACCUUUGAUGUUACUGAUCUGUAUACAAUGAUACCGAGAAAUAGGGCACUUGUAGCUCUAGAACAAUUCUUAAAAAGACAUGCAAUAAAUGGCCGAAUCAAUGGCAUGACGAUUGAUACGCUUAUCAAGUUAUCUGUUACAGUUUUAGAAACUAAUUCGUUUGUUUUCGAAGGCAAAUAUUAUAAACAAAUUCGUGGUGGAGCAAUGGGAUCACCAUUCACGAUGACUUUGGCGAAUAUAUGUAUGUUAAAAUGGGAAAAAAUACUAGUUGAAUAUUAA